AUGCAGGCUGGCGACACACAUCUUGGAGGACAGGAUUUCGAUACGAAUCUUCUUGAGCACUUCAAGAAGGAAUUCCAGAAGAAGACCGGCAAGGACCUCUCCGGCGAUUCCAGGGCCCUUCGUCGUCUUCGAACCGCUUGCGAGCGUGCCAAGCGCACCCUCUCAAAUGCCACUCAGACCAGUGUCGAGAUUGACUCAUUGUUUGAUGGUGAAGAUUUCAACACCUCUAUCACCCGUGCUCGCUUUGAGGAUCUGAAUGCCAAGUCGUUCUCCGGUACUCUUGAGCCCGUUCAGCAGGUUCUUAAGGACUCCGGCCUUGCCAAGAACCAGGUCGACGAGAUCGUGCUUGUUGGUGGUUCUACCCGUAUUCCUCGCAUCCAGAAGCUCCUCAGCGACUUUUUCGAUGGCAAGAAGCUCGAGAAGAGCAUCAACCCCGAUGAGGCUGUCGCCUAUGGUGCCGCCGUUCAGGCCGGUAUCCUCUCCGGGAAGGCAACUUCAGCCGAGACUCAGGAUCUCCUCCUUCUGGAUGUUGUUCCUCUAUCUCUUGGUGUCGCGAUGGAAGGUAACAUCUUCGCUCCAGUCGUUCCUCGCGGCCAGACCGUCCCCACUAUUAAGAAGCGUACCUUCACUACUGUGGUUGACAACCAAACCACUGUGCAGUUCCCUGUCUAUCAGGGUGAGCGUACCAACUGCGCCGACAACACUUCUCUUGGAGAGUUCACUUUGGCUCCCAUCCCACCUAUGAGAGCUGGAGAGGCUGCUCUGGAGUGUGUCUUCGAGGUUGAUGUCAAUGGUAUCCUCAAGGUCACCGCCACUGAGAAAUCUUCUGGCCGCAGCGCCAAUAUCACUAUCUCAAACGCUGUCGGCAAGCUUUCUACCACUGAGAUUGAACAGAUGAUUGACGAUGCUGCCAAGUUCAAGACCAGUGAUGAGGCCUUCACCAAACGAUUUGAGUCCCGUCAACAGCUCGAGUCCUACAUCUCUCGCGUUGAGGAAAUCAUCUCCGACCCUACAAUGUCUAUGAAACUCAAGCGUGGCAACAGGGAGAAGAUCGAGUCUGCCCUCAGUGAUGCCAUGGCACAGCUCGAGAUUGAGGAUUCCACUCCCGAGGAUCUCAAGAAGAAGGAGCUGGCUCUCAAGAGACUCAUCACUAAGGCCAUGGCCACGCGGUAAAUAACAGAUUAUGAGAUGCAUGAGAAGCAUGAGUUGUUUGUUCAGACUUGGACAUAUAGGGACGUUGGGCUGGAAGUGCUUGACACGCCUCGGGAAUGAUUCUUAUCAAAAGUAUCCUCUAGAUUUAUACAUGACUGUAGCUGCAGGUUUAAUGAUUCCGACGAGUUUUGUCAA